AUGAGUUCAGAUUUGGAGGAUAAUCCAAAGAGGCAUAAGCCAAACCCAGAAGAUGACCAAGAGGGCUCUGAAGAUGAACAGCAAGUGGAAGCAGACUUCCUCUUCAACGAUCCAAGUGAAGAAGACAAGGACGGAAUCUUGACCCUCAUACAGGGUUCCAUGAAAAAGUUCAGCUGGGAAGUCCCCCAAAAGUAUGGAAGCAGCUAUUCGUACCUCGCCGAACUCAUUUCUAACCAAGGAAAUAUUGGCACGCUUAUCAAGGUCGAGGAUGAGGAAAGCUCCUACGUCAUGGCUGUGCUUACGCUUCUUAACAUUAACCAAUAUGAUGGUCUGGAUGGCAUAGGCAAAUCACUAAUCGCAGCCGCAAAAGUCCAUGGUGCCAAAGACGAUUCAAAAAAGCUACAAGACAUUUUAUCGGACAAAAAGAACCAGAUCGCCCUGGUUAUCAAUGAGCGCAUGCAUAAUGUUCCUGCGCAGCUCAUCGGACAGUUUCAGGAGUGCCUACAGGACGACAUCAAGUGGUCACUCUCUUCUGUGGACGAAGAGGAAGAAAGAGAAUUCUACAAGUUCACGCACCUCAUUGGAAUCACGAGAGUCUACAUGGAAUCUGGAAAAGGCAAAGAGGGGGAAUAUGUAUAUCUAAAGCCGGAAGAGCAGUUUUACGUGGAAGAAGCAACUGUAAAGUUCAUGUGGGCUACUGGGGAGUCAAACAAGAUCUACACAGACGCAAACGAAACGGGAAAAAAGUUCAAGAUACUCCCAGAGCAUGCGCUAUUCUUCUGCGUUCCAUUCAGUAGAUAUGCCUCCAUCGUAAAGAAGAUUGCAAAGACAUUCAAAUGA